UGGUCCCAGCAGCACCACUCUGCUUGUCCCCAGAUGUCACCUUUGUGCUGGAUGACGGUGCUAUCAGUGCCCACAAGCCCCUGCUCAUCUCCAGCUGCGACUGGAUGGCCGCUAUGUUCGGCGGCCCCUUCGUGGAGAGCUCCACCAACGAGGUGGCACUUCCUCACACCAGCAAGAGCUGCAUGCGGGCAGUCCUGGAGUACCUGUACACGGGGCAGUUCAGCUCCAGCCCUGACCUGGACGACAUGAAGCUCAUCAUCCUUGCCAACCGCCUCUGCCUGCCACACCUGGUGGCUCUCACAGAGCAGUACACCGUCACCGGCCUGAUGGAGGCGGCACAGAUGAUGGUGGACAUCGAUGGGGACGUGCUCGUGUUCCUAGAGCUGGCUCAGGUAGGACAGGAGCCUGUGCUGGUAGAGCUGGGGGGCUCCAGGUGACACACACAGGGGUCC